CAGUGAGGUCUGGAGCUGCAGGGACACACACACACACACGCACAGAGCCACCUCACUUCAACACGGCAAAUUCCUCUGGUGCUGGCGCUAACCAGAGAAUACUUAAAAUCUUCUACCCAACUGGUUAUCUAAUAUGAGAUUAACUUCAGUCUUUAGGAGGCAUUAGAAGACUAAAUUCCUGUGUUCAAGAGAGAGACCAAGAUGCAUCUCCUUCCUACCUGGACCAUAAUAGUAUUGUUUUUCCUCUGCAUUCGAGAAGUAAAGUCAGGAAAAUGUCCCAAAUUCUGCAUGUGUGACAGCAUUCAACUUACAGUGGCUUGUGUCAAGAAGAAUCUGACUGAGGUUCCACCCACCAUUGAUGAGAUCACGGUUAAGUUGGACCUGAGAGGUAAUAACAUACAAGAGCUUCCUACAGGAGCAUUCAAACAUACACCAUACCUCACCCACUUGACUCUCCAAAACACUGGCAUCCAAAAAGUGCGAGAAGGAGCUUUCCGCAGCCUUGGGCGCUUGGUCUUUCUCAACUUGGCCUACAACAACAUCGAUAUUUUGUAUCAAGAGUCAUUUGAUGGGCUCUCCUCACUGAAGCAGCUCAUCAUUGAUCACAACAGAAUAGAAGAGAUCCAGCCUGGAGCUUUUGCACAGCUGGGGUUUCUUAACCUCCUCUCCAUCACUCACAACCAGCUGGUAUACAUACCGAAUAUGGCUUUUCAGGGCCUGCAGAACAUCAACUGGUUACGGCUCAGUCACAACUCACUCAAUUACCUUGACAUUGAAGCCUUUGCUGGCCUCUUCACUCUUACCCGUCUCAGCAUUGAUAACAACGAGCUCCAGUUUUUCCCUACUGAUACCAUGACAAGACUCCCCUCCCUGACACGCCUAGACUUGAGUUACAAUCCCAUGACCUAUCUUGGAGAGGAGGUAGUGACUAUGGCCAAGCUUACGCACCUGUUUUUGGAUCACAACUCCCUGCAGGAUUUUUCUGUGUCAGCUGUUUUGCUCUCACCCAAGCUCACGCAUCUUGACCUCAGCCAUAACCAGCUUCGUAUCUUGCAGCCUCUGGCAGCUGGCUCACCUAAGCUGACUCGUCUCAACCUUGCAGGCAACCCAAUCUACUGCAGCUGCUACCUGCGUCCACUGCGAGAGUGGGCAAUGCAGGAGCGGGUACGCCUCGUAGGAACUUGUAGUGGUCCACCCCACCUGUCUGAUGAAAACCUUGAUGCAGUGCAACCUGCUGAUUUGCGCUGCCAGAGUCAUGAGGCCAUGCUGAAAGCUGAGCUGGAAGAACAGAGAAGACUUCCACCACCACCGACAAACCCACCUGGUGACAAGGUCAAAUGCCCAGACAACUGUAUUUGUGAAACUGAAAACAAUCACACAUCCUGUGAGAAGAUGGGUCACACCAAAAUACCACGAGGCUUCUCUCCAGACACACGCUUGCUGGACUUACGUGAUAAUCACUUCCAUUACAUUGCUUCUAACAGUUUCCCAGGCCUGCCAGUAGUGGUUUCGCUUCAUCUGCAGCGCUGUAAAAUCCAUGAACUGGAAAGUGGGGCCUUCAGUGGUAUGAAAGGUUUGGUCUACCUCUAUCUUUCGGAAAAUUACCUCACCUCACUGAGCCCAGAUGUGUUUAAGGGUCUACCCCAGCUCACCUACCUUCAUGUAGAGAAGAAUCAAUUUAAACAGUUUCCCAAAGGAGCUUUUAAACUGCUGCCUGGCUUGCUGGCUCUACACUUGGAGAACAAUGCCAUCACUAAGCUUGAGAAGGGAAUCCUGACAGGUGCUGAGAAACUGAGGAGUCUUUUUCUCACCAAGAAUAAUAUUACAAACAUUGCUUCUGGGGCCUUUGACCCGGCAUCUGACCUUGCUACACUGCACUUGGGCAACAACAAACUUAUGGAAGUGCCAACUAAUGCCUUUACAAAAACAAGUAGCUUGACAGAGCUUAACUUGUCCCUCAAUCCUAUUCGCUGGAUUGGGGCUGAAGCUUUUCUUCCUGUUGCAGCCUCUUUGAAACAUCUCUAUCUCAAUAACAUGAGCUUAGAAAAGAUGUCCAAGGAUUCACUUGCAGGCCUUGGCUCUGGACUACAGAGUCUUUUAUUGGAGGGCAACAAGCUUGAGGAUGUGCCUGACUUUAGUCCCCUUACAGGGCUUGAGGUCAUUAAUUUGGCAGAGAAUCCACUACUAUGCGACUGCCCACUGCUACCUCUGCGCAAAUGGCUAGAGAGGGUCAACCUGAAAGUAAGGGCCAAAUGUGGUUAUCCACCUGAGCUCAAAGGCCAAAGAGUCAAGGACAUUCAUGUUUUUAAGAGCUGUCCAGGACAAGGACCUUCUCUUUCUCAAAACCUGAAGAUCCCCAAAGUACCAAAGAGCACAAAACCGAGACCAGCCCUUCCCCGUACACCAAAAGUCAUCAAAACAAUUCAAGCUAAGCCCAAAACACACAAGAAUACAAAAUCCCGCUUGGCACAGAAGCCUAGUGCUAAGAGCCAAAGGUCUGUGUGA